UCGGCGGGCGAGGAGGUUGUUUUAAACGGCGGAGCCCCGCAGCCAAUCAGGCCGCUCUCGUAGGCAGCCAACGCGAGGCUGAGCCGCGCCGAGCCCGCGCCGUGCCCUGCGCUCAGCUCCUGCCACACUGCCGCGAACAAUACAGAGUCAGGAUGGCUAAAGGUGACCCGAAGAAGCCUAAGGGCAAGAUGUCUGCCUAUGCCUUCUUUGUGCAGACGUGCCGCGAGGAGCACAAGAAGAAGAACCCAGAGGUUCCCGUCAACUUUGCAGAGUUCUCUAAGAAGUGCUCGGAGAGGUGGAAGACCAUGUCAAGCAAGGAGAAGGCUAAAUUUGAUGAAAUGGCAAAGGCCGAUAAGGUACGAUACGAUAGAGAAAUGAAGGACUACGGCCCAGCUAAGGGUGGCAAGAAGAAGAAGGAUCCCAACGCCCCAAAGCGACCACCGUCUGGCUUCUUCCUGUUCUGCUCAGAGUUCCGCCCCAAGAUCAAGUCCACAAACCCUGGCAUAUCCAUCGGGGACGUAGCGAAGAAGCUUGGCGAAAUGUGGAACAACCUCAGCGAUGGUGAAAAGCAGCCUUAUAACAAUAAGGCCGCUAAGCUGAAGGAGAAGUACGAGAAGGAUGUUGCAGACUACAAGUCUAAAGGAAAGUUUGAUGGCGCAAAGGGAGCGGCAACCAAAGCUGCUCGGAAAAAGGUAGAGGAAGAAGACGAAGAGGAGGAGGAGGAUGAAGAAGAGGAGGAUGAAGAUGAUGAUGACGAAUAAAACUGUACAAUACUUGUCUCCAUGUGAAUACCAUAGAGUAGGGGAAACACCGUAAAUGCAACACCUCUUAUUUGAGAUGGUGUCUCUUGCCCUUAUUAGGCUUAAUUAAAAAAAAAUUUGGAUUCCGAUCGCGUUGUAGUUUCUAAAAGUGCUCUAGAAAUUGUAACUGGUUUACAUGAAGUGGCCAUGGGUGUAGUGAGCACCCUGAAACUGUAUCAAAGUUGUACAUAUUUCCAAACAUUUUUAAAAUGAAAAGGCCCUCUAGUGUUCUCCUAACUCUGUGCACUUUGCUGUUGGUGUAACAAAGCAUUUAAAAAUGUUUCAAGCAUUUUUUUAAUUUGUAAGGUGGUGUUACUAUAUGGUUAUUGGCUAGAAAAUCCUGGGUUAUAAACUGUACAUAUCUAUAGUUUGUAAAAACUAGACAGAUUCUUGUGGUACAUGCUUAGAGUUAUGAUGCCUUAGAGGAGCAGUGAUUACUGGAGAGGCCGUACGUUCCCCGGGGUGCCAUGGCCCGAAGCAUGCACUGUGAGGGUAGAUCUAUUUACACUACAGUGGGCGUCCAUUUAGCUUAAAGUUGUCUUUCUGUAUAUAGUGAAAUAGCAUUCUGCUGCCAUUCUUAGUUGUGGAAGGGGGUUCAGCUGGCAUGAGAAGUGUACGGAUUUUUUUAGUUAAGUGCGGUAGUUUUUAAACUGAAACUGUAGACAUCUCUUCAUCGUCAACUCAGUGAAGAGCCAGUGCAGCAACUGAAGUUCAAAAACACUCUGUACUUAAACAAAUUUGCAACGUUCUGUUUUUUUUGUAUGUUUAGAAUGCUGAAAUGUUUUUGAAGCAAAAUAAACAGUAUUACAUUUUUAAAACUGUUCUUGACAACACUCUAAAUUUCUGGUUUAAAAGGAUCUUAACAACAGCGAGAGGUUCAUUGCGAAGUCUGUGGCAUCCCUCAGGGCUGGUGACUUAGGAAACAUUCUGACUCAAGGAUUAAAAAUAAAAAUAAAUGGUGGCCAGCCAAAACUGGCUGAAUUGAAAGAGAUGGCUGCUCCAGCUAAUAUGCAAUCAUAACUGUUUAUGGCUGAGUGGCAUAAGAUGCUAUGCAAGUUUGAACUUUAUUACUUGAACUUGGGAGCCUAAAUGAACAUUCAUGACGUAAUUGUUUGUUUGUGUGUGUAUAUAGCAGCAUUCAGAGAUGCAGAGAAAGGUAGGUGGCUAGGAAUGAGGCUGAUACUAUGGAAUAAGUAUAAAAGCAUAGUUUGGAUUUUUUUUUUUUUUCAGUUGUGUUGGGUAAAUUUAUAGCCCAAAUGCAUUGCUGUACAUAUUAAAAUGUGCCUUUUUUGUCCUGUGUUAAA